UACAAAUGAAUUGAAGAUGAUCAUGAAUGUGAUCAUAACAUCUCUCGAAGUUAUCAAAUAUACAGGUGUCAAUUGAGACGAUUCCGCCUUUCGAGAAGAAAUGUCCGCAUUCCGGGAAGAAUCAAAAGAGAGUACUGAAAACUUUGGAGGUUCUCAAAGUGAAUAUCUUAUUGAUAAUAAAACAAAGACUAAUUUUACUCCCCAACAUCUCAUUCCACACAAAAAGGCUGAAUUGAAGAAGUCUAUUACUUCUAAAAAUAUUGAAGAUGAAGAGUUAAAUUUUCUAUCUGACUCUGAAAGCAAGGAAGAUGAGAAGCCUCAGGAAAGUGUUAAAUAUACUUCUGAGAAUAACAUAACAUUAUUGAGUCACGAUUCGGCCCAAUUCUCUCAGACUUUGAUGAGUAAUAUCUCAAGGUUCAACAAAUCAGAAAGGAAUAAUCUAGCAAUGAUAGAAUCGAAAAUAACGGGUGCUCUCUUGCUAAUAAAUUCUCUGAUGAAUGUCUAUUUCAACCCUGAAAUAGAAGACUCUUCAGUGAAUGCCAACCUCAAGAAAGAGGCGGUCUUUGACAUCCUGUUUGAUGUGAUCCUCCAGACUGGUAUCUAUGCUAUGUACUCUUUACAGGAUUCCUUCUUUAAGAGAAACCUAAAAACUUCCUUCUGAUUCGUCAGUAUUCUGGAUAAAUGGAUAGAUAUUUUUGUCAAAGUCACCCAGUGAUGACCAGAUCCAGAAGAAUACAAGGAAUAUAUUCAGAAAAUGGAGAAAUCAAAUUGAGCUGAAUUUCCCAUUAUGGAUAUGUUCGAUGUCAAGAAAAGAGUUGACUGCAAGAUUGUCUGAACUAUGCUAGACUCCCAGUUCAUUGGUCUUCUUUGAACUUUGCUAUUUCUUGGAUUUCCGAAACCGAAACUGAUCUUCAUCAGUACAAUUCUGAGGAUGGAUAAGUUGUUGUUUGAUAUAAAAAUCUCUUCUUGAAAAGUCCUGAAUAUUCUGCUAGACUACAUUCCGUUGGAUAAGCUCGACUCUAAGAUAGAGAAAGAGUUUGGGAAGACAGUCAGGGCCAAGUGAAAUCAUGAUGUGUAUAAUAAGAUCAAGAACUCCCAAGCACGGAUUAAUAAGAUAAACUAUAAGCUCAUGAAUGUGUUUCCCAAUAUCAUAAAUAAUCUGAUUAGCCUAACCAGAGAUUCUAAAUUUGGGGUAAAGGAAGCCAAAUCUCUCAUGGAUGUCAACUCUUUUAACCUGCUACUAAACUCAAGUAAGAUGGUGGUCUGAUAAAUCUAGAGGAAUGCAUUGCCUACUCUUUGAUGCUU